GUGGAGGAAGGCCCGGCCAGGUACGCCGUCUUCGCAAACCGUCUGCGAACAGCCUUCACAGCCGGUAUUCGAUACAGCGCCUACUCAUCCGAGCUCGGCGAGGCUUUCCGUCCCUUGACAAAGCCAGCCGUGGUACGCUCUCUCUACGCAGUCUCCUGGAGUUACGUCAUUGGGGAUGUGGCCUAUGCUGGCUACAAGGCUCGCGAGCUACACCGACAGCUGGCCCAGGAGAGCUCACUCGAUCCCUCUGCAAAGCUAAAGCGUCUGGCUCAAGAGGCAGAGGAGAAGCUGCACAAGGCCACUGAAAAGGGCAAAGAGGUAGCAGGAGGUGACAAGACUGUCGCUGCUGUCACGCAGGAAUCAUCACUGCACGGACACGAGGGCGUCAGUGAUCCCUUGCAAUACUCCGAGACGACCCACGUGGGCCUCGUCGUAGCCAGGAGAGCCGUCUUCCAGAGUCUAGCAUCCAUGGCCCUGCCCGCCUUUACCGUUCACUCCAUUGUCCACUACUCGCAACCGCUCUUCAAGUCUGUUCAGAACCACCGCGUCAAGGCUCUCGGUCCUACACUGCUCGGUCUGGCCAUCAUUCCCGCUCUGCCCGUCCUCUUCGAUGAGCCAGUGGAGCACAUCAUCGAUGCCAUCUUCGACUAUGGCGAGGCCCGAAUCUUCUCUGGCAAACCCAUUACUCAGAUCGUCAAGGAA